AGCUGAGAUAGUGAGAUGGCUCAUGCGAUGAAGGCUUGGUUGAAGUGGCCAACAAGAUGGCAAUACCGAAUUUCUUUCCCUCCUGCAGUGACGAUUCGUUUUCUUCAUUCACCGUUACGAACUUCUCAUACCGCUUCCUGCUCUUCGUCUCCGUUUUCUUCAGCUCCAUUCUCGUCCCGCCGCCACCUCAGCUUCCGCUCCGGCGCCAUCCGAAUGCCCGACGUUCCUGUACCGCUCGAGUCAUCCGAGAGCGAUAGCGACAGCGACGGCGGUUCUGAUAAGGUGAAGAAGAGCCGAAAUGCGAAGAAACGCGAAGCUCAGCGCGCCGUUCGCUGGGGGAUUGAACUGGCCAAGUUCUCGCCUUCUCAAAUCAAACGAAUCCUUAGAGUGACUGCAGUUAAGGAUGAUGUCUACGAUGAACUCAUGCUUGUCAAGAGAUUUGGUCGUGACGUCCGGGAAGGAAAACGAAGACAAUUCAGCCAUAUAGGUCUCCCUCUCAAAUUUAUUUUAGGCAAACUGCUUCGGGAUGCGGAGCCUGAAUUGAUGGAUGGCUUGAUUAAGGCAACUAGCAAUGGUGACCAAAAACAGAUUGAGGCUUUAUGUAGCUCAAGGACACAGAACAUUGAAGAUGAAGAAGCUGAUGAAACUGAGUAUGAGGAGAGUGAUGAUGAUGAUGAUUAUGACGACGAUGAUGAUGAGAAUAUUGAAUUGGCAGAUAGAUGGUUUGAUGGCUUAGUUAAUAAGAACAUCGAGAUUAGCAAUGAAAUAUAUUCUCUUCGCGAAGCCGAGUUUGAUCGUCAGGCAUUAUUUACUCCUUGGUCGAGUAGGGUAAAAAAAAUGAGGGCGUGUGCCCCCCCCCCCAUGCUAGGCUGUGGAGACACUUUUCGAGAACUUGAGAAUGCCACAAAAAGGAAUUGCGGAAUCUAGUACGUAAUGUACAGUCUAUUGAACCGCCCAAAAUCAACGAGGGGAAGGAAAGCGAAAUGGACAUGAGAUUUCUGAAAGCCAAGAUGUCCCUAACCCGUUUCCUAAGACGUAUUGCCAAACAGGUUCGGGUUGAUUAAGCAACCCUCAUAUGAUGCGGUAUAUUAUUUUGGGACUAUAAUGACAUGGCAUAUUAAAGAAAUACAGUAUGGAACAUUGAAUGUCUCUCCGGGUUAGUGUAUGCCUGGUUCUACCAGGUUAGGGCCGUUUUUUUCUUGUCUUUUUUACCUUUUUUCUGUACUUAUGGGGAAAAGUUUUGCAUCAUCCAGUGCGUUGUAAAGUUGUAUUAAUGAUCGGUUAAUAUUUAUAGGAAUUCCUUCAAUAAGUCAUGUAGUUUUAGUUGGUUUUUCACGUGUAGGUAUUCUCCCCUCUUUGGAUCUGUUGUGAUUGCAUUGUACGGACAUGACACCGACAGGCACCAUAUUGUGGAUAGCUAUUUGUAUACUUAGACGGGGAUAAUUUAUUAUAAAGACAGGGUUAUCACUGUAGGGUCCAGUUUUGAUCCCAAGACGACCCUAAUUUUAGUGGGAAAUAUAUACUCAAUAGUAGGCUUGGGUUGCUC